UACGAGUGAUGUUGAUUUUUUAAAUACGACGUGGAAAUUAUGACUCGACAUGCUAGAAAUUGUACAGCAGGUGCGGUAUACACUUAUCACGAAAAGAAAAAAGAUGCCGCUGCUUCCGGUUAUGGAACGCAGAGUGAAAGAGUUGGUAAAGAUUCAGUGAAAAACUUUGACUGUUGCAGUCUAACAUUACAACCUUGUAGGAAACCUGUAGUCACUAAAGAAGGCUAUUUAUUUGAUAAAGAAGCAAUUCUUGAGUUUAUAAUAACGAAGAAAAAUGAAUACAAUCGUAAACUCAAACAAUUUGAAAAGCAGUUAAAAAAGGAAGAGGUCGAAAAGGCUGAGCUCGCAACAGCAGAAAAGGAGGCAAAUUUAAUUAAAUUUAUGAACAGGGAGAAGAAUAUAUCUAGUCGUGAUACUAGUGAACCUGGACCAUCUACUUCAUCUUCAAUAUCUAACUUGGCCAAUGGGAAAGACAAGCAGUUGCCUAGUUUUUGGGUUCCUUCACAACUUCCUGAUGCUAAAAUAUCAAAGAUACAGAAACCAGAUCCUACAGUUUAUUGCCCUAUCAGUGGGAAGCCAUUGAAAAUGAAAGAUCUUAUAGAAGUAAACUGGACUCUUGUAAACGAUCCUGAUGAUAAGAAGUCACUGAUAGCAAAAGAAAAUAGAUACAUGUGUCCUGUAACUCAUGACAUUUUGAGUAAUGCAGUACCAUGUGCUGUAAUAAAACCAACUGGACAUGUUAUAACAAUGGAAUGCUUUGAAAAGAUAAUAAAAAAAGAUUGGAUACACCCUUUAACUGGAGAGAAACUUAAAGAGAAAGACAUUAUACCAUUACAAAGGGGUGGCACUGGAUAUGCUCUUACAAAUACAAAUCUAGAAGGCAAAAAUGAACGUCCUGUAUUACAAGCUUAGAAUAA